CCAAAGUUUCGUGAUUCGAUACGGUUGUAAAAAUAUUUUGCGCAUUUGUUAUUCGUUUUUUGUGAGACAAAGAAGCAAAAACUUUGCAUAGAUACAUUCUUAAAAAAAGGAAUUUUAUAAAAUUAAAUUAGAACUGAAAACGAUUCAGAGUGCUCAAAGUGUUUUAAGUGCAUGUUAAACAGAAAUAUAGAAUUUUCAAAACCUUUUGGAUGGGUUUUAGAGGAAUGAAUAAAAAUUGGAGCAAGGAUUGUUUGGGACUUCGUUUACGAGUCAGCGGACUUCAUCAAACGUGGAAGUGGUUACAUCAAACUGAAGCUUUGCACGAAUAUUUGAUCUCCGUCACUGCGGCUGACACAGCAGCAUCAAAAAAGUGUGCGAUCCAUAAAAAGUGUAACGAGUGCUAAAGUCCAAUAAUCCCAAUUGAACCGCAAAAUAAACAUUAAAAUAUAUAGAUAAUAUAUUAAAAAUUCGAACAAAAGAAUCCAUAAAAACAAAUCAGUAGACACUUUUUUAGAUAAAAUAAAAAAAACAUUUCAAGUGCCUUAAAUAGAUAAAAUAUUAAAAAGAAUAAAUACCUAUAUACAUUCAGACUAUAAAACACAUUUAAUUAAUAUAAAGAAUAUACAUAAAAAUAUAUUGUUGUGACCUUAAUAAUUAAAAAGAUUUUUUAAAACAUUUCGAUCCAUUUGCUUACAUUGGAUUGAUCACGCACACAGCCUUACUUUUUACAAUAACUACCCCCUUACCGCCUAGGCCUAGGGAUUGAUUAUCUGAUAAUUUAAAUUAUCUGCUGUCUAAACAUCUGUAUCUGUAUACUAAAUUCGAAAGAAUUACUUGACAACAGGGGAACAUACUUGCUCCGAAGAUUGCGUCGUUUCGUUUUUGUUUUGUAUACUCGUUGUCUUCUUAUAAAGUACAAAGAAAUCAAAACAAAUAUAGAAAACAAAAAACAUACACAAAUGAUUUGAGACUUUUUCUUUGUUUUGGUUUGAUUUACUUUUGAUAUUGUAUGUGCAUAAUUUCAACCGAAUUAUUAUAGUCUAAAGAGACUAAAAACAAAUAAUUGCGUCAAAAUUAUUUGUCUGCCAGUCUUUGGAACAGUGGUAAAUUAGAGGACAAAAUUAACAAUCCACUAAGUGCAAGACAACAUACGAUUUUCCGUUUGUUUAUCAAUAUAUUUAAUUGCACAUACAUCCGUCAGACGCAGCCAGUACAUAAAUUGGACGAGAAAUCAGUUACUACCCUGUAACUAAUACAAUCAACGAAAAUAUAUUUUUAGAACCAGAACAUUUCAUAUACUGUGUCAAAUAAUCAAUCGUUCGGUAUGUUGUCGUUCAGUGCAAUUCGCAGCAGUGGCAAUUGUGCUCAAUUGAGUACUAUUUGCAGACUAUUGACUACAUCGCAUCGAUAUCAGUCUUCAUCUUUUACAUCUCCCUCGUCGUCUAGUACAUCAGACGAAAGCGGUCGUAACAGCAGCCUCACUAACAAUGACGAUCCAACCCGGAAGACUAGAGGAGAUUCUAACAACAAUAAAAGCAGUACUAUAAUAACUGAUGCUGAGAUUAAAAAAUCUGUAUUCAUUUCGCAAUCGUACGAUAUUUUCACCAAUUUAGCAUUGGAAGAUUGGCUUUACAGGCAUUUUGACUUUAACCGUCAUCACGUUCUUCUGCUCUGGGCCAAUGAUCCUUGUGUUGUUAUUGGACGCCAUCAAAAUCCUUUCACCGAGGCCAAUGUAUCAAAACUUGUUGAUAAAGGAAUAACAUUGGCGCGUCGUAAUAGUGGCGGAGGUGCUGUAUACCAUGAUCGUGGUAAUUUAAACUGCACAUUCUUCACUCCACGAGAACGUUACAACCGUAAAUACAAUUUGAAUAUAUUGACUCGUGCACUUUUCCGCGAGUGGGCUAUUAAAGCUGAAAUAAAUAAACGUGAUGACAUUAUCAUCAAUGACAAAAAGAUUUCUGGAACCGCUGCUAAAUUGGGACAUCCGAAUGCAUAUCAUCAUUGCACUUUACUAGUGAGUGCGAAUAAAUUACAUUUGGGUGAAGCUUUGGUCAAAGAAGAUGCAAACUAUAUUAGCAAAGCUACUGCUUCGGUGCGUUCACCUAUAAGAAAUCUCUGUGAUGUAAAUCGCAGUGUUAAUGUUCCGCAAUUGCUGUCAGCUGUGGGCUAUGAGUUUUUGCGUACAUCUGCCACAGAGCUGGAAGAUGGUGGUAGCACUCAAACAAUGAAACAACGUGGCUUUCAGCUGGUCAAUCCGACAGAGAAGUGGUUCCCCGGUAUCGAAGAAUUACGCAAGGAAUUUAGUUCAUGGGAUUGGGUGCUUGGCAAAACACCCAAAUUUACUGUAGAAAAAGAUUUGGCACUUAAAGCCGACAAUGACAAGCAGCUUAAAAUGAAACUUGCUGUCGAGGUGGAUAAGGGGUUAAUGUCUGAAAUAACAAUUGUCAUGCCAAGUGGUGAGCGUCUACCAGUCGUUUCUCAAUUACAAAACAAACCAUACAACGAAAAAAAUCUGAAUGGAAUUAUUAAGGCUUUAAAAUUGGUGUCAACUGAUAACGUUAAACAGGCCAUUAACAGCAUGUGAGAGUUGAAUUUGAUUUAAGUUCGAAAAUGUUUUAUCACAAAUAUAAAUACAUCUUUAGCCGUUACAUUUUUUUACGAUCAAUUGUUAUUUUUCAAAAAUGUUAGUUCUUUUUUUUGUUAGUUAACCAUACUAAAUGUCAAAUACAAUCUUUGUAUUUUCAAAUCAUUUAUUACUCUAAUAUUCAAAAUAAAAUAUACAUAUAUGUAAAUGUUAAAGAA